CUCAUUCGCCGCGAUUUCGCCAUGAGGUGACGUGCCCCUGGGGCCAAUAUAAACACAGCGUUAUAGCUUUCUUGCCCGCUUUUCCACCUUAUUUAUCUAACAAUUUUCUUUGUUCAUAGAAGCAACAGUGAGUUGAGAUGGUAGUGCACGUCUCCCACCAUCAAUUAAAGUGCACUGUCGUGUAAUUAGCUGAGCAAAAGUCACUGCUGUUACAGUUGCUGAUAUUCUGGAGAAAAUCUUUCUAAAGUUGCAGAUUUGUCUUGCUAUUUAGCAUUUAGACACCGUAAUACAGGUUCCCCGGACUUUUGGAGGGCAUCGAAAUGGAUCUUGUGAGAGACACGGGAAAACUUGUGGCCGAUCGUGUGAAUUUUGCUUUGCAGAGCAGAGAACCAUGGCAAAUUGUUGUGAUUACAACCACCACAGUGCUGAGUGGAGUCUGGUUGUACGAGUUCUUCAGCCAGGAGGAGGGAAUUGUGAGCCGUUCUAAGAAGCAUUUCUUCAAGAUGGCCAGAAAGUUGCCAUUUGUUAAGGCUCAAAUCACGGAGGAACUCAACAAGCGUGCCAAAGAAUUCGAGGACAGCGCCAUAAAACAGUCCGAGGGACUGUCCUACAUCACCCACAUGCCCGAGAUGGGGUUCAGUGACCAAGAAAUUCUCAGCCUUGUGGACUCUCACUUGCAACUGGGCCACUACAAGUGGAAGGAGGGCAGAGUAUCCGGCGCGGUGUACUACUUCGAUCCCGCUCUUGUCUCGCUCACGCAGACUGUGUACGGCCGAGCGAGCUACACGAAUCCACUGCACGCUGACAUCUUCCCAGGAGUGUGCAAGAUGGAAGCUGAAGUGGUCCGGAUGACAGCAAACUUGUUCCACGGUGGUCCUGAGUCGUGUGGCACGAUGACCACGGGUGGUACGGAGUCCCUGAUCAUGGCAUGCAAAGCGUACAGGGAUUAUGCAAGGGAGGAAAAGGGCAUUUCCCAGCCAAACAUCGUGAUGCCUGUGACGGCGCACUCGGGAUUCGACAAGGCGGCGCAGUACCUCAAGUUGCACGUCAAGACGGUGCCACUGGAUCGCUCCACCAUGGCUGUGAAUAUCCAGAAGAUGGAGGCAGCCAUCACAAGCAACACCAUCAUGCUCGUGGGCUCAGCUCCCAACUAUCCCUACGGAACAAUGGACGAUAUCGAAGCAAUCGCGAGGCUAGGCAUGAAAUACAACAUUCCUGUGCAUGUGGACGCUUGUCUGGGUGGUUUUGUGAUCAUCUUCAUGAAGCGUGCUGGCUAUCCAUUGCCACCGUUUGACUUCCGCGUUAAGGGAGUGACCAGCAUUUCGGCAGAUACACACAAAUACGGAUUCGCUCCGAAGGGAUCAUCUGUGAUUCUCUACUCGGAGAAAAAGUACCGUCGCCAUCAGUUCACUGUGACCACAGACUGGCCGGGUGGUGUUUAUGGAUCGCCCAGCGUGAAUGGAUCUCGCGCUGGUGGCGUGAUUGCCGCCACUUGGGCCACGUUGGUGAGAUUCGGUCUGGAUGGCUACACUGAGGCAACUAAGAGAAUUGUGGACACUGCCAAGUAUAUUGAGCGUGGCUUGCGAACAAUGGAAGGCAUUUAUGUUUAUGGACAGCCAGCAACAUCCGUGAUUGCCUUUGGUUCGCACGUCUUUGACAUUUAUCGCUUGUCGGAUGCCCUCAGCAAGCUGGGUUGGAACCUGAACAAUCUGCAGUUCCCACCAGGAGUGCACAUUUGCGUCACCUUUAUGCACACACGUGAGGGAGUGGCAGAUAAAUUCCUGCAAGACAUGCGGGAGCAACUCGUGGAGAUCCUCAAAGAUCCUGGGCGACCGGUUGAGGGUAAGAUGGCCAUUUACGGUGUGGCCCAGAGUCUCCCGGAUCGAUCUCUCGUGGGUGACUUCACGAGACUCUGGCUGGACGCGAUGUACUACACACCGCCUGAGGAACGGAAGAAUGGCUCGCUGGAAGGCAAAUAGUUUAUGGAUAUUUCUGGCGGCAGUUUGCAUUUUUUUUACUGAGCUGAGAUUUUGUUAUCCGACAAAUGCCAUGAGAUGCUCCUUACUGAUACAACAGGCGAGCUUGUCGAAUAAAAUCUAGUCUUGAAUGGCACAUCAUCAAUGUAGAUAAGAAGUGUUUU